AUGACAAGGCCCCUAUAUAAGUUACAUUCUAAUACCGUAAAACAACUAAGUAAUGUAAUUGGGAAAGAUGAGGUGCUGCAGGGAGGGAUUUAUCAUUUUGACAACAAGCCAUUCAUUGUCAAGGAAUUGCAUAAGGAUAUGGAGUUUACCAGGGAGGAACUCUAUACUGUUCCAAUUUGGGUGAAACUACCUGGAUUGGACUUCAAGUACUGGGGUCCUAAAGGGCUCAACAAGAUAGGAAGCAUGAUAGGUAAGCCCCUUAUGGUGGACAGGAAUACAGAGAACAAGAUAGGUCUCAAUUUUGCUAGACUCCUUAUAGAGGUAGAUGUGGAUUCUCCCCUGCCUGACAAGGUGCAAUUCAGGAAUGAAAAAGGUGCAUUGAUUGAACAAAGAAUCCAAUAUGACUGGAAGCCAGUAUUAUGUAAACAGUGUCACAAGUAUGGUCACUCGGAGGAAGAUUGUAGGAGGAAGAAGCAAACAGCUCCUCCAAAGCAACAGACCGUUGAUCCAGAAGUAAAAGACACAAACAAAGAACAGGGAGAGAAUAACCAAGCACUAGCAGCAUCAAGAGUUGAAAUCACAAAGCCAGUAGGGGAGAAGGAGUCAAUAAAAACUAUAGGAGGAAAGAUGAAUGCAGAAGGAUGGGUCCUAAGGAACAAAUACAACAUUCUUCAGCAGAACACAACACUUUCAGUGUGCUAA